UUCCCACGCGGCGGGCCCACUACGGGAGCAUUACCCACUCGUCUUUAUAGCUCUAGCCGGUCCCACAUCUACGCGUCACUUCACUUCCACUAGCACCGUCUGUUGCAAUUAUGUUCUCGGGACAGCGGUCGCGUCAGAACUAUGACAUCGACGGAGACGAGGUGCAUUAUCCCACACGACCGGUAGACAAGGACAAGGCAGAGCAGGAGCUCGUUGUGAAUAUCAAGAAGGCUACAAGUCCAGAGGAGACCGCACCGAAACAGAAACAUGUCCGCAAAUGCAUCGUGUAUACCUGGGACUACCACUCCUCAAUAUCGUUCUGGUCUGGCCUGAGAGUGCAGCCUAUUCUCUCCGAUGAGGUUCAGACUUUCAAGGCAUUGAUUACCGUGCAUAAGGUGUUACAAGAGGGACAUCCGAAUACUAUCAAAGAAUCGCAAAGUCAGACUGGAUGGCUCGAAACUUGCGCAAGAACCAUUGGUCAUGAAGGCGCGAAAGGCUAUGGUUCCCUCAUCCGCACCUAUGUCCAGUUUCUCAUGGCCAAGCUCCGUUUCCAUCGUCUUCGUCCCGAGUUUAAUGGUCUCUUUGAGUAUGAGGAGUAUGUCACAUUGAAGGGUAUCGACGACCCAAAUGAAGGAUACGAGACAAUUUCAGAUCUCAUGGCCCUUCAAGACCAAAUCGAGUCUUUCCAGAAGAUCAUAUUCGCCCACUUCCGCCACUCCGCCAACAACGAAUGCCGGAUUUCUGCUCUUGUCCCCCUGGUAAAGGAGAGCUGGGGUAUCUACAGGUUCAUCACGAGCAUGCUGCGCGCGAUGUACAGGAGGACAAAUGACACGGAAGCGCUCGAGCCACUAAGACAGCGCUACAACUCGCAACAUUACGCCCUGCGCAAGUUUUACUACGAGUGUUCCAAUCUCAAGUAUCUCACCGGUCUCAUCAACGUUCCAAAGCUCGGGCAGGAACCGCCUAAUCUCACCGAUGCGGGGAGCGCACCAGAUCUGCCUGCUCGCCCCCAGACCACAAAGGCGCCCACACCACCCCCCGUCGCUCCCUCCCCCGAUGCAGCCGCCGUCAGCGAACAAGCUCGCAUGCUCAAGGAAUACGAGCAACAACAGGCCGCGUUGCAAGCCUCGCGGGAGGCCGAAGAACGUCGUCGUCUCGAAUUGGAACAGCAGCAGCAACACGAGUUUGAGCAGAGGCAGCGUGAGCAAGCGGAGAGGGAGAGGCUGGCCCAGGAGCAGCUUAUGCAGCAACAGAUGAUGCAGAUGAAUAACCAGGCCGCGGAGCAUUAUCAGAAUUUGGAGAGAGAGUUACUGGGCAUGAGGGGUCAGUAUGAGCGAGAUCAGCUAUUGUUGGAGCAGUACGACCGGAGAGUGAAAGCGCUUGAGGGUGAACUGCAGACCGUUGGCAUGCACGUCGGCUCGCAGGUAGCCUCCAAGGACGAGCUGAUCAAACAACUCCAGGAUCAAGUCACCUUAUGGCGCAACAAAUACGAGGCCCUAGCCAAACUCUACAGCCAACUCCGUACCGAACAUCUCGACAUGCUCUCCAAGUUCAAGCAGUAUCAGCUCAAGGCCAACUCUGCCCAGGAGGCCAUCGACCGCAUGGAGCGUAUGGAGCGCGACUUGAAGGCGAAGAAUAUCGAGUUGGCAGACAUGAUCCGUGAACGGGACCGUGCGCGGUUCGACGUCGACCGCCAGAAGGCGUCUCAUAAGGAUGAGUUGGACCGUCUCCGUCGCGAAAUUAACUUCGCGAACGAACGGGCGGAGGAUGCGUCGCGGUCGAAGAGCUCGGAGGUGUCUGGUGUGUUGUCGAAGUACAACAGGCAGAUGACCGAGCUCGAAGAUUCGCUCAGGGCCAAGCAAAUUCAGAUCGACGAUCUGCUGCAGAAGUUGGACCUUGCUUCUGACGAUCUUGAGAAGCUUCGUGAUGAGAAGGAUCAGGAGAUCAUGAUCCUCCAGGAGGGCAUGGACAGUACUAUCCAGAAAUUGUCCGAGGUUCAGCAGAACCAAGGCAUAGCCGACGAGACUACCAACGCCCAAAUCGACACCUUGAUCUUGGACAACCGCAAGAAGCUGAACGAGAUCAUCGACUCCAUUCUCCAAGCCUGCGUCCAGAAGGUGGACGAGUCCAUCUACGAGCUCGAAUCGCCAAGUCAAACCGGCAACCAGAACUCCACGCCCGAGUACACCCUUUCCAUGAUCGAAAAGGCGCUCUCGAACUCGACCGACUUCGCCACCGUCUUCAACCUCUACCUCGACAACCAGCCCGGCGGCGACCACGUCGACGUCAUCAAAGGUGCGAACGAGUUCGCCCAGUCCCUCGCCGACACGCUCGUCAACGUCAAAGGCAUCACCCGUCUCGCAAACGACGACGACGCCUCCGACAAACUCAUCAACGUCGCCAAAGCCGCCGGCGACGUUGGCCUGCGUUUCUUCCUCAACCUCCAAUCCUACAAACUCGACCUCGUCGACCGUUCCCAGCGCGUGACCAUCGCCAUGCGCAAUAACGGCGAAACCAGGUCCGCGCUCACCAAGCUCUCCGAAACCGUGGACGCCAUCAUCCCCAAAGGCGCGAAAUCGAACGCGCUCGCGAAAGCGAAUGGCGACAUCGGUGACCUCGUUGAGCAGGAAAUGUUGGGUGCUGCCCAGGCUAUCGAAGCCGCCACCCGACGCCUACAAGAGCUCAUGUCGCGCCCGCGCGACUCGAGCAAAUUCAGUGCCGUCGACUUGCAGGUGCACGACUCGAUCCUCGCUGCCGCGAUGGCCAUCACGUCUGCUAUCGGGCGGCUCAUCCAGGCCGCGACGGAGAGCCAGCAGGAGAUCGUCGCGCAGGGUAAAGGGUCGAGCACGACGCAGCAGUUCUACAAGCGGAACAAUCGGUGGACGGAGGGUUUGAUUUCUGCGGCACGGUCGGUCGCGUUCGCUACGGGGUUGCUUAUUGAGAGUGCGGAUGGUGUGUUGUCCGGGACGCAUUCGCUCGAGCAGCUCAUCGUGGCGUCGAACGAGGUCGCGGCGAGCACGGCGCAGCUCGUCGCUGCGUCGAGGGUGAAGGCGAAUUUGAUGUCGAAGACGCAGGAGAGGCUGGAGUUGGCGGCGAAGGCGGUGACGGAGGCGUGUAAGGCGCUCGUGAGGCAGGUCAGGGCGAUCUCGGCGAAGCAGAUGGACGAGGGCGAGGAGGAUUAUAAGAAUAUGGCGAGCUUGGAGUUUAAGAAGAGGGAGAUGGAGCAGCAGGUGGAGAUUUUGAAGUUGGAGAAGGAGCUCGGGGCGGCGAGGCAUAGGCUUGGGGCGAUGAGGAGGGCGGGAUACCAUACGGAGGAGACGGACUGAUUUGGCGGGUGAUGAGUGCCUAGGAUUUGCAUGGAUGGGUGUAAUACUUCUCUUUCUCUAUUUUUUCUCUCUCAGUCUCUGAGUUACCUUUGGAUACACUACGAACACUCCGUUGAUUUCUGUUCUUCUCACUAUAUUUCGACCACGUGCAUCUUGCUCGGUGCACUGGCCCUGUCUCCUCUCGACUAAAACAAUUCAUGUAUUUUCU